UCAGCUCAUGCUGUAAACUAAGAACACAGAGAAGAAGAGAAAAUGCAGAUGCAACAAAUUCAUGCAUCAAAUUCAAGCCCAAGCUAUCUCAUCCCUCACACGCCAAGCGUCCGUGGGAUACCUCAUCCUUCUUUUCAGCUAUGGUCAAGGCCAUCAUCGUUCCCAACCCAAUGGAAGCUAAAAAGGGUCAGCCAUGGUUGCAGAAAUGAUGUCACCAAAAUCAAAGCUGUGGCUGUCAACAAAACUGAAAAGGCUGUCAAAGUUAAAGCCAUCGUAAGUGUUCAGCCAACCAUUGGUGGGAUUUUCUCAUCAUUGGCCAUAGACGCCGAUGAUCUAACGGAUUUGCUCGGAAAAACACUUCUCGUGGAACUUGUUAGCGCUGAGCUUGAUCCCAAGACGAAAUUAGAGAAGAAAACCAUCAAAGAUUUUGCCCACAGGACGUAUCGAUCAACGAAAGAAGUUAGGUAUUUGGCUGAGUUUGAAGUGCCAGCAGACUUUGGAGAGGUUGGGGCUAUUUUGGUGGAGAACGAACAUCGCAGGGAAAUGUUCGUGAAAGAAAUCGUCCUCGAUGGCUUCGAAUUGGGUCCCGUUAGAUUUACCUGCGAGUCAUGGCUUCAUCCCAAGAAUGAAAACCCUGUCAAAAGAGUUUUUUUCCCCGACAAGUCAUAUUUGCCAUCAGAAACUCCAGAAGGAGUGAAGAGAUUAAGAGAAGAAGAACUACAACAUUUACGAGGAAAUGGACAAGGUGAACGCAAGAAGUUUGACAGAAUAUACGAUUACGAUGUUUACAACGACCUCGGAGAUGGAGAUCGUGACCCUGAUCUCGCCAGACCGGUUCUUGGUGGCCCAGAACAUCCAUAUCCAAGGCGUUGCAGAACAGGAAGGCCUCGCUCCUUAAAAGAUCCGUUGUCGGAGGAAAGAAGUAGUACCGUGUACGUGCCCAGAGACGAAAACUUCUCCGAAGUAAAGCAAUUAACGUUUAGCACAAAGACGCUAGCUUCGGGAUUGCAAGCGUUGGUACCAGCGCUGACGGCACUCAUCGUUGACAAGGAACGACCUUUCGAAGUGUUCUCGGACAUAGAUUCUCUUUUCGACGAAGGAGUUGGCUUGCCUCCUGGAGAAGUCAAAAUCAGCACUCUCUUGCCCAGAAUCGUCAGUUUUAUUAAGGAAAAAGGAGAGGACAUUCUCCGUUUCGAUCCUCCUGCAACAAUGGACAAGGAUAGAUUCUUUUGGUUGAGGGACGAAGAAUUUGGAAGACAGACUCUAGCGGGUCUUAACCCUUGUUGCAUCAAGUUGGUCACGGAAUGGCCAUUGAAAAGCAAACUUGACCCUGAAAUUUAUGGCCCUGCGGAAUCAGCCAUCACAACUGAACUAGUUGACAAGGAAAUAAAAGGAUAUUUUCCAGUCGAAGAGGCCAUAAAACAGAAGAAACUGUUCAUCCUGGACUACCACGACUUGCUAUUGCCAUUAGUUGAGCAAGUGAGAAAAAUAGAAGGCACGACGCUGUACGGAUCAAGGGCAUUGUUCUUCCUGACAGGCAGCGGCACUUUGAGACCACUGGCCAUUGAGCUAACUCGCCCACCAAUGGAUGGAAAACCUCAGUGGAAGAAAGUCUUCACACCCACCUGGCACUCAACCGGUGUCUGGCUUUGGAGGCUCGCCAAAGUCCAUGUCCUAGCUCACGACACUGGUUACCACCAACUCAUCAGUCACUGGCUAAGAACUCAUUGUGCAACAGAGCCAUACAUUAUAGCAGCAAACAGGCAACUGAGUGCAAUGCAUCCGAUCUACAGAUUACUGCAUCCGCAUUUCCGUUACACGAUGGAGAUCAACGCGCUUGCUCGAGGGUCUUUGAUAAACGCCGGCGGAAUAAUAGAGAGCUGUUUUACUCCGAUGAAACACUCCAUUCUGCUAAGCUCAAUCGUCUAUGACCAAGAGUGGCGAUUUGAUCUCCAGUCCCUCCCCAAGGACCUCAUUCACAGGGGCUUGGCCGUCGAGGACCCCACCGCCCCUCACGGCCUUAAACUCACCAUCGAAGACUACCCUUACGCCAACGACGGCCUCGACCUCUGGGCAGCCUUCAAAACCUGGUUCACCGAAUACAUCGACCACUACUACGCCGACUCCAACGCUAUUCAAUCAGACACGGAACUCCAAGCCUGGUGGGAAGAGGUCAGAACCGUUGGACACGCCGACAAAAAGGAUGAACCGUGGUGGCCGGUGCUGAAAACCAAAGAGGACCUCGUUGAGAUUGUGACGACCAUUGCGUGGACAGCUUCGGGUCACCAUGCUGCUGUGAACUUCGGACAAUUCUCCUUCGCCGGCUAUUUCCCCAACAGGCCAACCAUUGCGCGUACCAACAUGCCCAACGAGGACCCUUCAGAUCCGGAGUGGGAGCUGUUCUUGAAGAAACCAGAGGUGACUAUGUUGAGGUGUUUUCCGUCGCAGUAUCAGGCCACCACGGUGGUGACGGUGUUGGACAUUCUGUCGAAUCACUCGCCGGACGAGGAGUAUAUCGGGGACGUAACGGAACCGGCGUGGGAGCAGGAGCCACGUGUGAAGGCGGCGUUUGAGAAGUUCAGAGGGAAAUUGUUGGAGAUUGAAGGGUUGAUUGAUAGCAGGAAUGCUGAUGAGACGAAGAGGAACCGGAACGGCGCCGGGGUUGUGCCCUACGAACUUCUGAAGCCGACGUCGGAGGCCGGAGUUACCGGAAAGGGUGUUCCUUACAGCAUCUCCAUUUGAUGUUGAUCCUCUCAGUAAUUUAGUUAUGUGACUUUAAUAUCAAUAAAUGAGAUUGCGUAUACUUUUAUAACCCAA